CACAACCCAAAUUGCCCAAAAAUGGGGUUAAUGCAUUUGUAUGCCGAGUCCGAUCAUCGCAGGUGUGGGAUGGCACGUGCAUCUUCUAAGUGGAACUGGAACCUUGUUAAAGCAGAGCUCGGUCAUCCAAGAAGAGUCACGCACAGGAUCCGCGAUCCUCACUUCAUAUACGGAAGACCCGGUGAACGAGGUGCUCUUGGCGUCAAAGAAGUGAUAGAGCAUCCCGAGACGGUUGCAGCACCUCCGCAGGAACGUUAUGGUGCUGAUUUCAAGAAAAUGAACAAGGCAGCUGCCAUCCACCAUUAUUGUAAAGCAAACGAACAGCGAACUGCCCGGGAGCGAUUCUUCUGCCAUAUACAACCUAAAAAAGUCCUUAACACAACAUGGAAACUACCCUCAGACAACAACCCAAAUCAUAGAUAUGGGAUUUCACACCCCGGAGAUGGAAACUUUGAGACGCUGAUAGCAGGUGGAUACCAAGAUGACUGGGUCGACAUGAACGAGUACUUCAAGUCAAGGUAUCCAGAGAAGCACGCGGAGGCACCACGGCGAAUGGAGGUCAUCACCAACAAAACUUUCGAGCUAUCAAAAGAUUUCAUCAGGGACAAGUUUCAUUCCCAGGCACCUCCGAAGAAGAGGUUCAUCUUGUCCCGAUUCCAGAACGUGCCUAAGCGGAUCGACAACUACAACUACACUGAGUUAAACCGUGCUCCCCCAUACCACAAACCUCACGGAUGCGGAGGGCGACAUGCGCCUCCACCAGGCGGCAUAUACAAGAUAUGA